AUGAAGAAUCAAAAGAAGAGCAGCAGCUCCUCAGGCCGCAUCACCGAUGCUCGAUUUGCCAGCUUCGAAACCGACCCCCGGUUUCGCCUUCCGUCCAAGAAGCGCACCAAGACCACAUUAGACAAACGAUUUGCUGGCAUGCUCGAUGACGAAGAUUUUACUGCCACUGCCAAAGUUGAUCGCUACGGACGCAAGAUAAAGUCUGACACUAAAAAGAAAGCUCUCCAGAGACUAUAUCAGCAAGAAGAAGACGAAGAAGACGAGUCUAAGGAUGAGGACGCGGACGAGGACGAGGGCGAGGAGGAUGGUGACGUUGAAGUCGACGAUGACGAGCUUGUCCAACGGGAGCUUCGAGCCGCCGACGAGAGGGAAAAGCCAAAAGACUACGACCCAGCUCGACAUGGAGGCUUCUCGGCCUCGGAGUCUGAUUCCGACUCCGAUGAGGAUUCAGACGAAGACGAAGACGAAAGUCGUGUUGGUCUUGCCUCAGAAGGCGACAUGCAAAGACUGCAAGACGAGCAGGCCGAUGUUGAAACUGGCGAAGUAACGAGUCGCAUUGCCGUUGUAAACUUGGACUGGGACCAUGUGAAAUCCACCGAUCUCAUGGCCCUCUUCUCCAGUUUCCUGCCCGCCGAUGACAAUGGCCGCAUUCUCAAGAUUUCCGUCUACCCCAGUGAAUUUGGCAAGGAGCGAAUGCAACAAGAAGAGCUAGAGGGUCCUCCCAAGGCUUUGUUCAAGAACGAGGGCAAAGAUUCCGACGACGAGAGCGACGACGGAAGCGACAGCGAGGACGAGAAGAUCAAAAAGGAGCUCAUGCAGGAGGGCGACGACGAGGAUUUCGACAGCGAUGCCCUCCGAUCAUAUCAAUUAGACCGACUGAGAUACUACUACGCCGUCAUGGUGUGCUCAAGCCCCGAGACGGCCCAGAAGAUUUACGAGGCUACGGAUGGGACAGAAUACCAGUCUUCCUCAAACGUCAUUGACUUGCGGUUCGUCCCGGAUGGUGUCACUUUUGACGACGAGCCCCGCGAUGAGUGCGACAAGGUCCCUGAUUCAUACAAACCCGUGGAAUUCGUGACCAAUGCCCUGCAGAGUUCAAAGGUCAAAUUGACCUGGGACAUGCACCCCGAGGAGGCUUCACGUAAGGAAUCCAUCAAUAGGGCAUUCACUGGCAGCCGAGCAAAUAUUGAGGAGAAUGAUCUCCGGGCUUAUCUCGCCAGCGACAGCGAAGAUGACAAAGACGGCUCGGAAGGAGUCAAUGGCGAGGACGGGGAAGAUGCAGCGGAUGAACCCAAGCUAUCCAAGAAAGAACUAGCCCGCAAGAAGAUGCGGGAAGCUCUAGGACUGGCAAAUGAAUCAGUUGCUAAAGAGGCCAAGGACGGCCCUGUAGGCGAUAUGCAAAUCACAUUCACCUCCGCCCUAUCCGAAAGCAAGCCCAAAGACGUCGACCAAGAGGAGACCACAAUUGAAAAGUACAAGCGAAAAGAAAAGGAGCGCAAGGACAAAAAACGACAAGCCCACAAGGCCAAGCGCGAAGCGGCCUCGGACGAAACGCGGGGCAAUGAAGAGGAGCAUCCCACCGCCACGGCCGACGACGACCUCGGUUUCGACGACCCCUUCUUCACGACAGAAGGCACAUCCGCACCCUCCAAAACCUCCAUCCGCAAAGAAGAGCGCCUUAAAAAGCGUCAGGCCCGCGAGGCAGCCGAGGCGGAAUCAGCCGCUGCAAAGGCCCAUCUCACAAAGGUCAUGGCUCAAGAUGCCCGCGACAACCAAGCCGAGCACCUGGAUCACUUUGACAUGAAUGAAAUCAUGCGUGCUGAGAAGAAGAAGAACAAGAAGGGCAAGAAGGAGGCUGGUAGCAGCGGAGAUAGAGGCGGAUUACAAGAGGACUUCACCAUGGAUGUGGAGGAUGAUCGGUUCAAGGCUGUCUUUGACAGCCAUGAGUUUGCGAUUGACCCAUCCAAUCCCAAAUUUAAGGCGACGGCUGGUAUGAAGAAACUUCUGGAAGAGGGCAGGAGGAAGAGGCAGGUGGGAGACGGAGAGGACGAACCGAGCAGGAAGAAGGUGAAGAAGGGCCGGAGGUGA